GUAGACUCUGUGGUUUAGCCAAGCUCGCGUUUGUUCGAUCUUCGAUCGUUGUGACCGGCUUUACAUUUCAUACUUCUUGAUAGAUUUAAUUUUCAGAGUUUCUUCGUUUUAAUUCUAGACUUUGAUAAAUUCAAUAUUCUACCAUGAGUGACAAAGCUGAUUCAACCUGUCCCAUAUGCAGCAAAUCUUUUCCUGCAGGGGAAAUUGAAGCUCACGCAAACAAAUGUAUUUUCCUCAAUUCUGAUACUCCAAAACGUAAGAGAUCAGUUUCUCCUUCUGAUAGUACACAUUCUCAUCAUAGACAUGAAAGGAAGAAAUCUCCCGCUAUGAACGGGUCUGACCCUACAAAUAUACCUUUAACUAAGCAAGUUAUUCCAAAAAAAAUCGAUGACUUUGUCGGCCAGUCACACGUACUGGGUGAAAGUACGAUAUUGUAUACACUACUCAAGCAAGGUGAUGUCCCCAACAUGAUUAUAUGGGGUCCUCCGGGAAGUGGUAAAACAUCCCUGGCUUCGAUUAUCAAACAUAUUUGCCGGUCUGAACCUGAUAAGUUGGUUUAUCAUUCUUUGAAUGCUGCACAGUGUGGUGUUAAGGAUUUCCAAGCUCUGGCUACAACGGCUGGCAAUGAUUUAAAGAACGGUAAAAAAACUGUAGUGUUCAUGGAUGAAAUUCAUAAGUUCAAUAAAAAACAGCAAGAUGUUUUUCUGGGCCCUAUUGAACAAGGAGAAAUUAUUCUGGUUGGAGCAACUACUGAAAACCCAUCUUUUGAACUCAACAAGGCUCUUCUGAGCAGAUGCAGGCUUGUGGUAUUUGAAAAAUUGUCCAGUAGUGAUGUACAUAAAAUCAUGAAAAAAGCCGCUGAAGUUAUGGGAAUAGAUGUAUUUUCAAAAGGAGAUAAGAAUGAAUUUCAAGAAGAUAGGACUUACAUUGAGGAAGCUGCUCUAGAGUGGUUAGGAGAUACCUGUAAUGGUGAUGCAAGAAUUGCACUGAAUAACUUUGAGAUGAUACAAAAAUAUUUCAGUCAUGAAGGAAAAGUUAUUACUUAUUAUGAUGUCAAAGAAGGAGUUAAAAAAUCACAUCUUGUUCAUGAUAAAAAAGGAGACGAACACUACAACAUGAUUUCUGCACUUCAUAAGAGCAUUAGAGGCUCAGAUCCUGAUGCAGCUUUGUAUUGGACAACUAGAAUGAUCAUGGGAGGGGAGAACCCACUUUAUAUUGCUCGUAGAUUGAUUAGAGCUGCAAGUGAAGAUAUUGGAGAGGCUGAUCCCCAAGCUCUUCAGCUAGCUGUAUCCACCAUGCAGGGUUGCCAACUGUUGGGUAUGCCAGAAGCCGAUGUUUUGUUGGCUCAAUGUUCAGUUUACCUGGCAAAAGCACCAAAAAGCAGGAAGAUUGAUACUGCUCUUGGUAAAGCUAAAACCUGCAUUGCUGAACAACAGGGCUGCCAACCUACUGUUCCUUUACAUUUGAGGAAUGCUCCAACGAAGUUGAUGAAAGAUUUAGGUUAUGGUAAACCUGGAGAUUACGCAGGUUUCUUGCCUGAAUCCCUCAAGGAUGUUAAAUUUCUUUGAAUUAUGUAACUAAUUAUUUAAAAUUUUUAUUAUUAAGGAAAGUUGUAUUUAGUUUUAUCAUUCAGUGGUUCAAACUUUUCAAUAAAACUGUGUGUGUA